GAUCAGCAAAUCUAAGAUCGUGCAACUGGUGUCCAGUGGCGUGUCCGCGGCAUACGUUGCCAAUGUUCGCCACCGAGGAAGAGACGGAGAGAAAAUGAAGAAGAAGAAGAAGAAGAUGAAGAAGAAAGAGGAGGAGGAGGAGAGACGGGUUGCAGUUGGAUGCGAACGAAAAGUGAAGGAUGAAGGGGACCGAUUGGCGAAGAAGCGAGAGAAGCAGAAGGAAGGAGGUGGAAUGCGCGGUUCUCGAAGGAGGAGCUGUCGGCGGUGAAAAAUCACGCACCCCGCCACCAUUGCCAGCAUCUGCUCUACAUACCCUGGCUCUCAACCUCUUCGGCUCGUCUUUCGUCGAGAACCCGUUCAAACGAUCGUGCCUCGAUGCACCUGCGUCUACGUUCAACGAUACGUAUCCUCUUGUUCGACAUCGAUUUUCGAUGUUUGCCCGCCGGCUAAUCUCAUUACGCCUCUUUCGAAGAACUGGUUUCCCUAUCCGUCGCGGAUCCACCAUGGAACGGAACUGGUAUUAAGAUUAAAUUAACGCUCGCGAUAUUCGCAAAACGGAUUUUCAUGAUGUUCGAUAUCGCAUGGAAUGGUACGGGACUGGUUUAACCAGGGGCAUAAGCCCUUUGCCGGGCGAUGAAUUAAUAAUUAUACUAAUUAAAGAAUCCUCCGCUCUAAUGCAUCCUUUCAAACCACCUACUCAAUAUUACUGCCCCUUAUCUGAUCCUCUUCUUAAGAAACUUCGACCGUUCGGGGAUGAAUAGUAAUCGAUUUGUAAUCAUUUAUUAUUGCUUUCUGUCGAAUUGAACUCCACGGAUCGCGUGCGUUUGCCGCGCAAAAAAGAGCCAGAGGUCGAGGGCAAUUCGAUCGGAGGAGAAAACGAAUUCAUCAAUGAGAACCUCGAAGAAUCAGCGUGCGGUGUAGCAGAGCAAGAUAUACGUGCUCUGGCUGGGCUACCGGUCGAUCGGGUCGGGUCGCUGUUCUGUGCUUCAUCUUUCUCUUUUACUCUGUUUUUCUGUACCUCCUUUUGCCCUCCUCUUUUCACCUUCCCGGAGUAUCCCGCUCGCUAACCCUUUCCACCUUCCUCUACCUUUCCUUCUCUUCCGCCGCUACUCUCACUCCGCACAGUUGUUGUCCGACUGUUUUAUUACUUUUAUAAAUGCCGCCGCCGAUGUGGCUACCACUGCCACCGCCACCGCCACCGCCGCCACAGUGGCGGGCAUUUCCUUUGUUGGGGCACCAUGGCCCAUUGUUGCUCGCAGAAAGAUGCGAAUUUUAAUUCGAUAUUGUCUAAUAUUAUUUAUGUAUGCACGCGCUAGAGAAGUUGACCAUUUCAAAGCGUUCCCUUUGCACACCCUUGUCGCCCUACUGCCGCUUCCUCCACGCGAAACCGAACCGUUUGUAUCGCGAUGAAUCGACUGCUGCGCCGCUUUCAGACUUGCGCCCUGAACGCCUGCACGUUUCGUCUAAAGACUGUAUUUUAUGGAGAUAUAUGCGUUGUUUGGCCCUGGAAAGGCUGAGCAAGCUUGCCGAGGCUACCACUCAGAAAAUAUAUUAUUUCUCCCGUCUACCAUCUUCCAAAAAUUCUAUGUGUACCGUACAAACAAAUUUCUGUCAUUCCAGAAAUUGAUCAUUAAUUCGCCUCGAACAAAGCUAAUUUAUCUGAAAGCCGAGACUCCGGCGAAUAAGCUAUUAUCGCGAAUCGACGAUGAGGGUUGUUUUAAUCCAAUUUAAACGACAAUUAAUUACCGCCAAGUGUUCCCUCGACAGAAGUGGUAGGACUUGCGCGUACGUGGUCGCUCUACCUGGAAAUCAAUAUCAGCCGACAUCCAGGUUCACUUGGAUCUGCAGUCACAACAGGAUGCGCAACAGUUGCGUCCGAACGAAAGAGAGGGAGGGAUAUAAUCGUGGCUGAUUUUAUUGUUUAACCCGACAACCGAUUGUAAACUUCUCGCAACCGUCGUUGUACGGGAAAUCAUGUAAACAACUGGAGCAAAGCGUAUCUAACUUGGAGAAAACCAUUCGACCGAGGAAUUCGAUAUGAACGUCCACCAGUCCAGGGAACUGGGUGCUACGAGAUGCAACGUAUAUCCAGGAUAAACGUGCUGUGAAGAGAAUUCAGUUUGCAAUAUUUCAUCAAGAUGUCAGAGAAACGCAUUUCAUUGGGCAUCAACGUCAGCAUCCUUGUGAUUCUAACGAUAUUCGGAGUGCUACUGUCUUUGCCACUGCGAUUGUUGUUGAACACCAACUACGGUAGAAAUCAGACUAUCUGUGAGAAUAAUACGAUAGAGGCAACGGAAAAUUUAACGAGUAUCGAGCCAAUAGUUCCAUUGGAUCAUCGAAGAUUGAAACGUUGCCCGAAAUUGCCGUACGAGGAUCGUUUGAAGUCGGUUUUUCGUUGCGAUUACGAUGGAAACUGUACCUACGUUUCUCUCGCGAAGGAUGAUUUAAAGGAAAUUAAUAAACAGAAGACGAUCGAGGAAGGCGAGAUAACUUCGAAGGUCUCGAAGGAGGUUAUCGAUGAAAAUUUAUCGGAUAACACGGAGGAAAGUGUGAAAGAUCAUCGAAUGAAAUCGGUCCCGGUUGCUGGACACAUUCUCGUGACGAUGCUUCUAAUUUCAGCGAUCGCUGCUCUCGUUGAAGUGCUCAGAAUACGUUUCGCUAGAGACAAGGACUCGUCUAAGGCAGGUAGUGCCAGCUCAAGGAAAACGUCCACGGUCGAGCUUCCCGUUCAGAGGCGGUUCAUUCCAAGGCAACCAAUAAGGAGUCAGAGGUCAUUCGAAAUACAAGGCAUGCAUCGAUCCGCUUUACGCCUAUUAGGUGCGAAACCACCGCCACUUAUUCGUCGCUCGUCCUUCCCAACGCAACCCUCUAAGCAAAAUUCUGCCUCGUUUAGUGGCACCCCGAACAAUUGGAUAUCACGUCGGCAAUCGGCCGAAUCCGACGAAGAGAUCGGACUUCUUAUUAGUGCACUUCAUCAUCGUACACGUCUGAUUCGACGGCAUUAAGGUAACGCGAGAAUUGUAAUCACGUCGUCAUAGAUAAACAGUCAGAGAUGAUUUCAUGACAUAAAAGUUGUACAAAAUAGCACUUGUGGCAUAGCAAAUUGAAGCUUGGAGCUUCAUAAAAAUGAUCGCUUAAUUAUACUUAUUUCAGUAAGGUCAAUCAAUCGAAUUCUUUGAAAAUUUAUUCGCGUUAGCACUAACAGGGUACCCGUCUGAGACCAACUGGUUUUAUGCAUCGCACAACGAUCUUGUUCACGAUUUUUUCAAAGAUUCUUAGUAUUUCGUGAACCUACCAUCCAACUGGACUUCCACGAAAUCGUUGUUUCUUCCAGUUCGUAUUUUUCAACUCUGACAACUUACUAGAGACUUAAUUAAGAAAGAACCGUCUAAAAGUUUUCUUGUUACUAAGAUAUGUAAUAAGGCUGUAUGCUAAGUUUUCACAGCACUCGUGACUUUAACGAUUUCCAUCCCCCAUAUAAGAUAACACGUCCGUAGACUCUACGUGUCAUUAGAUAAUUGCAAAGAUUCGUAAUAGCAAAUGCAACAACAACGCUUGCACAUCCUUGCUUCUCCAUGUUUCUUUCAUAAUAUAAUAAUAUAAAACGGUCGUGUAAAAGUAUCGAUAAAUGAGUGUAUUUUCGGAAGAAUUAUAAAUUCUUUGAAGCGUAUUUUCAUAAAAGUUCUCACACCGUUUUGAGCAGCGAACACUUUAACACUUCUGUGAUCAUUAUCGUGUGUUAUGUGAUAUGUACAACGUUAAUUAUAACUUGUGAAAUAUAUAUGUACAUAUAUUGAUGUUCAAUAAAUAAAUUCUUUCAAACUCAA